AUGGCGACGACGCUUGUCGCCGUCGGCGGCAAGGGCUCCAAUCCCAAGACCACCCUUUAUGUUGGUGGCCUGGAAGAGUCGGUCAACGAGGCGACGCUCCAUGCAGCGUUCAUCCCUUUUGGUGAUCUGAAGGAUGUGAACAUCCCCAUGGACAACGAGCUCGGCAAGCACCGAGGCUUUGGGUUCGUAGAAUUUGAAGACAAGGACGACGCUGCGGCUGCUAUCGACAACAUGCACAACAGCGAGCUAUUCGGCCGCGUGCUGAGGGUCAACUUUGCGCAGCCGGCGAAGAUCAAGGGCGGCGACAAGGGGUGGAGCCAUCAGCCUGUGUGGGCGGACGCCGACAAGUACAUAGAGGAGCUGGCAGCAGAGCAGGAGCUGGAGGCGAUCGACAGGGAGCAGAAAAAGAAGCGGCAGCUGGACACUUUGAAGCCCGCCGGUGGCGCUGGCGGUGACGGCGGUGGCCAGGAGGGCGGCGCAGACCCCAUGGAGGCCCUAGAGGCAGCAGCCGCUGGCGGCACAUAG